AUGGUAAUGCCCAUGGAUGGUUUAUUGUCUAACUCAUCACCCAGUAAAAUCGCGGCUCUUGAGUCGAAGAUCAAUGAACUUAAGGCCAAUCGCGCUGGUCCAACAGAAGAAACCGACAUUAACACGAGCACGCGCAGCACACCAUUAGCCGAGGGCAAUACUGCGCUUGAAGAUAUCAUAAGCCGAGACUUCCUUGACAUGGAGACCGCCGAAAGGUACCUAAGUGCAUUCAAGACCAAACUGACCCCACACUUCCCCUUUGUGGUUGUGCCCCCUGAUGUAUCUGUUAGGCAGCUCCGUCAGGAGAAGCCAUUUUUAUGCUUAGCAAUCCUUGCGUCAGCUUCGUACGAGAACAUGCCGCUGCAACGGGCGCUAGGGGAUGAAGUCAAGAAAGUUGUCGCAUCGCGCAUGGUCAUCGGUGGGGAAAUCUCCUUUGAGUUGCUGCAAGGGCUGUUGGUGUUCCUCGCAUGGAUCGCAAUGCUUGUGCAAAAGAAAUCCACUAUUCUACGUCUUCCGUACCAGGAAGAGUGUUGCAAGUCUCUCUACGAGACUAACGAGUAUCCUCAUGACAAAUACAUCACCUAUGUGAUACAGCUCCAAUUUAUUGCAGAAAAAAUUGACCAUCUAUCUGCAAAGCAUGGAUUUGACUUGGAAACGCCUGGAUCGGGGUCAGAGCUCUAUAUCACCAAUCUAAAAUCGGAUUUGGAGGCAUUUCACCGUCAUCUACCCUUCAAUAUCAACGAAAGCUCUGUAAACAAAGUUCUCCUUGCUAUACAAUACCACGCGACAGGGCUUUGCCUAAACCAACUAGCUCUCAAUAUCACCAAUCAAGAGUCCCAAUCACCGCUCGAGUCCAACUCCUGGAGAGACGAAAUGUCUUUCUCUGCAUUUAUCUCAGCCACUUCGAUUCUCAAUCUGUACAUUCGAUUUCCAUCCAAGGAGGAAGUUGGAUUCAAUAACACGCAAUGGGUACAGAUGGCAUUUGCCUUGCUAGUUGUCUAUCGAUACACGGCGACAGCCUGCAAGCCAGAUCAAACUACAGCCUUCCUAGAUACUCUUUCAAAAUUGAGAUCGAGAGUUGAGGCGUUGUCUACUUCUGACGUAGAUAUGAAUGGCGCUCGAGAUGCUUUCUUCGACUUUAGAAACCGUAUAGUUCAAAUCGAGAACUGGCUCGGGGCAAAUGAUAGACAGGAAGAAAACCUCCGCACCGAGGAAAGCUUUGAAGACUUUCAAGAUACGUCAUGCUUGGAACUGACAGACCUUGACGGGUUUAUGGGGGCCGCGGAGACUGCGGAGCAUUUUGAUUUCCCUAUUGGGGAUUCAUUUUUGUCUUCGGAGGACUUGCAAAUCCCCCAUGAUCUUCUCUUUACAUCUUCGCUUGAGCAGAUUAUGGGUGACUAG